ACCAUUGCUUAAUAAAUGAUUUUCCCUCACAGGUUGAAUGGGAAGGAGCACAGUGUUUUCACAGGCGUGGUUAUUAUACACUGCAGCAGUAAAGAUAAUCAGCUAGAAACAGAAAUCACUGAUUUCUAUGAAGAGACUAAAGUAAAAUUUUCAGACCUUUCAGAAGAGCUCUUAUGGGAGUACAUUCAUAGUGGAGAGCCCAUGGACAAGGCUGGUGGAUAUGGAAUCCAGGCCCUUGGUGGAAUGUUAGUUGAGUAUGUCCAUGGAGACUUCUUGAAUGUGGUGGGAUUUCCUCUGAAUCACUUCUGCAAAAAGCUAGCAGAGUUGUACUAUCCACCCCUUAAACAUACCAUACAGCAUACAAAGCAUGACUCUAUCCCUUCUGUGGACACUUUUGAGAGCCUAAGUGAUGGAGAAAGUGAAUCCUCAAGUUUCAAGGAACAUAAAGGUGCUAGUAAGUUGGACAGUCCCUCAGGAGUUAUUUGCAACUCUGAAAACAGCUCUGGUGUUACAACUGGUUCUGUGGUACCUUUGGAAAAUCAGAAUGGAGUAUCAGACAGUGCAGCAAAAGUUCCAUCUAAAAUUCUAGACCUGAUGGAUGGUUUUAGAGCUUCAAAGGCUCUGUUUGUAGCCUCUAAGCUGAAGAUGUUUGAUCAUCUGAAAAAGAGAAGUCCUCUAAAGGCUGCAGAUAUUGCAGACGAGGUUGGAACUUCUGUGCAUGGAACUGAAAGACUCCUUGAUGCCUGUGCUGCUCUUGGGUUGCUGAAGAAAACAACACAAGGUUACAGUAAUACAGAUUCAGCAAAUACUUAUCUGGCAUCUGAUGGUGAAUACUCGCUUCAUGGCUACAUUAUCCACUCUAAUGACCAUCUUUGGCCUCUCUUUACACACCUGGAGUCUGCUGUUAAAGAGGGAAGCAGGCAGAAUCAUCGAGCCUUUGGAAAGAAAACGGAGGAUUUAUUUAAUGUAAUGUAA